ACACAAUACAAUACAAGUAAGUUUCCGUAAAAGUUUGCAAUGAAAGCGACCUGAUGUAUUGACGCGCGCGUAGGAUUCCCAAAAUCUACGUUCGGCAGUUGAACACUUGUAUACUGAGAAUUGUGAUAAACAUCCCCAGUUGUCUUCUUGCACGAAUAUGAGAAUGAGGAUGAAACAAUAAAUAAUAGGUUAAGAAACUGUCUACUUUGAUACUAUAAGUCAUAAUUAUCGUCUUCAUCAACAAAACUUCAUGAUUAAGAGUUGACAGUCAACAAGUGUUGAAAAACAACAACAAUGGCGAUGGCAACACAAGAUUUGCUAGAAGCAAUAUCAGAUUUAACAACUAUCAGAGAAAUGAAAGUUGCUUUGAAUGUUUCAACUCAAUGUGGUUUUAUAGUUGGAGCUACAACAUUUUUGGGUGGUUUAUUAGGUGGACCAACAGGUAUUGCUGCAGGUGGAUUACUAGGAACUUUUAUGUCAAGUUACCAUGCUAAUGGAAAAUUCAAGUCAGUGCCAGAAAUUUUAGCUACAGAAGCCACUCCUGCUCAAAAAGAAAAAUUAGCUGAAGCUCUUAAGCAAUUGUUGACAAAAGAAAAUAUAUUUACUUUAGUCCAAUUAGCUGCUACAAUUCAAAGUAACAGAGCUCUUUUAGAUGCUAUACAAAAUGUUGUGAGGCAAUUUGUAACAGGGGACAUGGGAUAUAAGUGUAUUUUUUAAGUAGAGAAAUGUCAAUUUUUAAUUGUUUUGAAAUAAUGACACAAAACUUGUAAUUGUUUUCUAUACUUGUAUUUCAGUUUUAAAAAAAUUAAAUGUUUUUAGAAUGUUUGUAACUAAGCUAAAAAAUA